GAAGAGGCCGCCGCUAUACCGUAUCCGUUCGUCAGCGGCCAUAGCGUCCCGACCAGUCGCACAGCAGGACGCGAGCGGAACCUAUUCCGCUGGAGCCUACAAGGACUCAGUGAAAAAGUCAAAAGAUACGAGAUGAGGUCGUUGUUAUUGUUAGCAGUGCUGUGCUGCUUAGCGUUAUCGGCAUGGGCGAGUCCCAUCGGAAGGCCGGAAGAUGACAAAGAAGUGGGUCGUCAGGCUGCGCCCGCGGCCGCUGCGCCUGCGGCUUCCACUGACGAUGACGACGACGAUGAUGAUGAUGACGAUGACGAUGAUGACCUAGGUGGAUUAGGAGGUUUUUUCGCAGAUGACGAUGAUGAUGACGACGAGGACGAUGAUGACGAUGAAGAAGAAGCUGAUGAUGAUGAUGAUGACGACUAUUUGGAGAGAUUCUUUGACGAUAUCUUAGGUGGAGGAGAGGACGACGAUGAUGACGAUGACGAGCCUGCAGCCGUGCAGCCGGUGGUCGCACCGGCGGACACGGUGGCCGCCGCACCCGCUGCCCCAGCUGUAGUACCUGCUGCCGCUGAAGAAGUAUCGACACUUGCCGAAGAAGCCGAGUCUGCAGAGGGAGAGGCUGCCGCAGAAGGCGAAGAACUCGAAGCAGGACAAAAGGAACCCGCUAGUGCUGAAGUCGAAAGCCAAGCCAGCGCCGAGGUAGCCGCGCCCGAAAGCGAUGCCGAAGACGACGAUGAUGAAGAGGAGGAGGAUGACAUCACCGAUGCCCUUGACCCUGAGGACGAUGACGAAGAUGAUGAAGAAGAAGAAGACGAUGAUGACGAGGAAGACGACAUAACCGACGCCCUCGGCAGGAACAUCUCGAAGCACUCACGUGCGCUGAAAGAGGAACCAGAGAAAAAACCAGCUGUACCAGCAGCUUACAUUGUUAAGUACAACAGAUUCGUUGAUAAUAUUCUUGAAAAAAUGAACGAUAUUCUCAGACGAUCAUACGACCCUGUUAAUGUUAAACUUCAACCGAUCGAUGCUAAAAAGAAGAACUCUAAACCAAAGAAGGACAAGACUAAGACUAAAUCAAAGAAGAAAUCUAGCAGCAAGAAGAAGCAAACUAAACGGGCUGGAAAUACUGCUGUAACAGGAAAUAAAAUAGUUGAAAGUCUAACGAAAACGAAUGAAAUCAACGAUGCACCUUUAAUCGAAUCGAAAGUUGUAGAUGUUGUAAAAAAAAACGAAGAACAAAUCGAAACAAGGGUUUUGAAAGACAAACCUGUUACGGCAAAUGGAAAAGCUAAGCCUACCACAACAAGACCGAAGCCUCCCACUAAAGCAACUAAGCCGAAGCCAAAGCCUCCAACAAAGACAACUACAAAGAAACCGGCAAAUAAGAAUAAAACUAAAACGAGUGAAAAAAGUAAGCCAAGAGCUAAGGGGACUUUGUAUGGAUUGUCUUCGUUAAGAAGAAAUGGUGACGUGGCUGUUAAUAUUUUGUCGGAUCACACGACUGUAAAGAGUAACUUUGCUGUUGGGCCUCUCGUUUUAAGGGUGGAGAAAGAGAUUGGACGUGGAGCUAAAAAAGAAAUCAAAUCUGCAACAGCCACUACAGCAGAAAUGACAGGAAAAAUCACACUAAGAGUCAACAAUCAAGGUGUUGCUACCUUGCAUUCGAUAAAAGUGUUGCAGCCUAAACAGCAGGUUCGAGUGGACAGCAAUCACGAACGUACUCGGGAAUUGGUAUGGCAACGAAGUGCUCGCAUUGCCCAUGUUGUAUCAGAGAAAUUAAUGUCAGCAUCCAAACCUAUGUUUUACCAUUAAAUGUUGUGUUAUUAUGAAAAACUAAUUUCGAAGACUUGAUAUAAAGACUACAAAAUUAUUUAAAAUUUAAAGAUUGUAGACUAGUUCGAUAAUAACGUAAUAGUGGUAAUGGCAUGUUAAAAAAAUACGUUUUAAUUA